AUGGCUGUCAUCGGUAUCCGAUCUUUCCUCUGCAUCCUUGGGAUUGCUUCCCUUGGCACAACUGCCGCCAUUGAGAAAGUUGAUACUGUCCAGGAGUGGCAGCUGAGUCAAUAUUGUAACGAGUACUAUACUAUCAGUAAUGGUGACACCUGCUGGGACAUCAUCGCGCGGAACCAGAAUAGGUUCACUAUGAGCCAGCUUCUGUGCUGGAACAACGAUAUCAACCCGUGGUGCUCGAAUUUGAUUCCAGGUCGACAGGUCUGUGUUGGAGUCCAGCGUCCUGGGCCUGUCUGCUAG